CUUGUGUUUACUUCUGCGGCACGAGUCCUCGACGCUGCUGUGCGCCCAUUCCUUCCGAGCGCACCCCGUCGUCGCGCAAUUAAACUCAGCUCCAGGGCUGUCCCGAAAUCUUCGCCGACUACCGCAUCCCGCGGCCACCUUUCACCUCCCUGUGCAUCACCACGACCACUCCCGCCUCAACACCACAGUCCUCGAUCGCCGGCGCCGCGCCGCUCCUCCAACACCGCUGCCUCCUCAUGCAACGCUCAUAGUCGCCCAAGUCGACCCCGUCUGAGCCGUUGCAGAGCGUUCGGCGCCCCGGCCGCCUCCUGUGCACUCCCUCGCCAUGCCUGCUCGAGGCUUAGGACGACGCAGCAGCCCCAUCACUCUGGUGCUGCUAGUCGUCCUCUUGAUAGGAUUCUUCCUGUUCUUUUUCUCCUCGCCCAACGAUGCCGCGAGCAAGCUCCGAGACUCGACCCACACCGCCUCCAACGCACUCUCACCCCCCUCGCUCCCCUUCCGCAAAGCAAAGGCCAAUGAGCGACCCCCGCCGCCCCCAGUGGUCCACUACCACAUGAACAACGUGACGACCUCGCGGAAUCCGGUCGAGAACCAGGAGACGGUUCUGAUCCUCACGCCGCUGGCGCGCUUCUACCAGGAGUACUGGGACAAUCUGCUCAGCCUCUCCUAUCCACACGAGCUGAUCUCGCUGGGCUUCAUCCUCCCCAAAACAAAAGAGGGCAAUGCAGCGACUGCAGCCCUGCAGGCGCAAAUUGCGAAAACCCAGUCUGGGUCCCAAAAAAAGCGCUUCGCCAGUAUCACUAUCUUGCGCCAAGAUACCGAGUCCCCGCUCAUCACCCAGAACGAAGCUGAGCGCCACAAGAUCGAGAACCAAAAGGCGCGGCGGUCGGCCAUGGCGAAGGCGCGGAACUCGCUGCUCUUCACGACCAUGGGCCCCACGACCUCUUGGGUGCUGUGGCUAGACGGCGACAUCAUCGAGACGCCGGAAUCGCUAAUCCAGGAUCUGGCAGCCCACGACAAGCCAAUCAUUGCCCCAAACUGCUUCCAGAGAUACUACGACGACGAAAAGAAGGAGAAGGCUGUCCGCGCUUACGACUUCAACAAUUGGGUGGAUAGCCCUACGGCUAAGGAGAUGGGCGCGAGAAUGGGCAAUGAUGACAUUCUGCUGGAAGGAUACGCCUCAAUGCCAACAUAUCGGAGCUUGAUGGCUAUGAUGCACGACGAAUCGCAGGACCCGAACAUUGAGGUGCAGUUGGACGGUGUGGGUGGGGCGACAUUGCUGGUCAAGGCCGAAGUCCACAGAGACGGGGCCAUGUUCCCGCCAUUCGCAUUCUACCACUUGAUUGAGACAGAGGGCUUCGCAAAGAUGGCGAGCCGAUUGGGAUGGAAGGCAUGGGGACUGCCAAAUUAUCUUGUGUACCACUACAACGAAUAAAUUCACAUUUGGCUUCUUCUUCUUCUCCUGUUCCCUGUGGAGAUAUUGGGGACGGAUAGCUUUCUUUCUUUGUACCUUAAACAUUGGGCGGCGUCAUGGACUUGAUCGCUUUCAGGAAAUUUUGUACCUUAUACUUCGGAUUUUAGACUUCUGGGCAUGGUGCGAGAAUGACGAAUCUGCGAACUUGGAAAUACAGCUACGACAACUGUUCGACAGUAUCCCACUUAGUGGCCGUGAUACAUAUCUCAUGUACCUAGCGAUUCCCUAUCUUAGAACGAGCCUAGUAUAUCUUGAAGUUGAUGAGUUCCUGAUCGUUAUUCCACGCCUCCCCACACAUCAUGCCUUCGAUAUAGGCCUCCAAACUUCUUCA